AUGCCUCGCAGUGGUCUUGCUGCUGGCUCAGCAAGCCCCCGCUCUCCGAUAGUCGAAGCAACUGGCACAAUGUCCCGUCUCUAUCAGCGCUCCUACCCGGUCGUCGACACGGUCGCGCUGGCGUGCAUUGUAGGCGCAUGGAUUCUGAUCCAGUUUUUCGCGACCCCGUUCCAUCGCAUGUUCUCCCUAGACAAUAGAUCCAUACAGUUUCCCUACGCCCUUGUGGAAAGAGUCCCCGUCGUGUGGAAUGUCAUUUAUGCCGGAGUGAUUCCGUUUCUCAUUCUUGUUGCAUGGGCUGCCGUGUUCCGUCCAUACCCUCACAAGGUUCAAGUGACUCUGCUUGGCUUCCUCAUCGCAUUGAUGUUAACGAGCCUCAUCACGGAUAUCAUAAAGAACGCUGUCGGGCGACCUCGUCCUGAUUUGAUCUCGCGUUGCAUCCCAAGAAAGGGCACUCCCGAGGACUCAUUGGUUUCGUGGACAGUCUGCACACAACCCAACGAGCAUAUUCUACAAGAAGGAUGGAGGAGCUUCCCUAGUGGUCACAGUAGCUUCUCAUUCAGUGGACUGGGCUAUCUGUCACUGUUUCUUUCCGGCCAAAUGCAUGUGUUCAGACCACGCACCGACCUCUGCCGUUGUCUCGUGGCUUUUGUGCCGUUUCUCUGUGCUUUGUUGAUUGCCAUCUCUCGUCUUGAUGAUUAUCGCCAUGAUGUAUACGAUGUUACCUGUGGAUCACUCCUCGGGUUGCUCGUAGCGUAUUUCUCGUACCGACGCUAUUACCCAGCCCUUCGAUCAAUCACCUGCGAGAGCCCCUAUGGAAGGGACGAAACGAUCGGACCGGAUGGAUUCUCCAAGCUUCCUGGUGACGAGGAACAGCAACUCCCAGGCCAUGUUUCUGCCACUCGCCUAUGGGAUGCCCGGGAGUCCUAUCAGCUCGCCGAAGCCGCAGCCUCUCAGGAGAGGUAG